CACGUGCGCGCUCACGUGCGGCGCGCGGGGCGGCCCCGGAAGCGCUCGGCGGGGCCGGGCCGGGCUGCGGCGGGCGCGGGAUGGAGGUGACCAGGAGCAAUUUUAAGGAUAACCUAAACAAAGUGUAUGAAGCCAUUGAAGAGUCAGACUUCCUGGCCAUCGAUGGGGAGUUUUCAGGGAUCAGUGAUGGGCCUUCUGUUAGUGCAUUAACAAAUGGCUUUGACACUCCAGAAGAAAGGUAUCAAAAACUUAAAAAGCAUUCCAUGGAUUUUUUGCUCUUUCAGUUUGGCCUUUGCACUUUUAAAUAUGGUGACACAGAAGAAAAGUAUAUAAUGAAGUCAUUUAAUUUCUAUAUUUUUCCAAAACCCUUUAACAGAAAUUCACCAGAUGUCAAGUUUGUCUGUCAGAGUUCAAGUAUAGAUUUUUUAGCAAACCAAGGAUUUGAUUUUAAUAAAGUUUUUCGCAACGGAAUUCCAUAUUUAAACCAGGAAGAAGAAAGACAGCUAAGGGAACAGUAUGAUGAAAAGCGUUCCCAAGCCAACGGUGCAGGAUCUCUGUCAUACAUUUCUCCUAAUUCCACAAAGUGUCCUGUAACAAUUCCCGAAGAUCAGAAAAAAUUUAUUGAGAAAGUAGUGGAACAGAUAGAAGACUUAUUAAAGAAUGAAGAAAGUGAAAGUUUGGAACUGGAGCCAUGUACAGGAUUUCAAAGGAAAUUAAUUUAUCAGACCUUGAGCUGGAAGUAUCCAAAAGGUAUUCAUGUUGAAACUCUGGAGUCAGAUAAGAAGGAGAGAUAUAUUGUUAUUAGUAAGGUAGAUGAAGAGGAACGAAAAAGAAGAGAACAGCAGAAACAAGCAAAAGAACAGGAAGAAUUGAAUGAUGCAGUAGGAUUUUCCAGAGUUGUUCAUGCCAUUGCUAAUUCUGGCAAGCUGGUUAUUGGGCACAAUAUGCUGCUGGAUGUCAUGCACACCAUACAUCAGUUCUAUUGUCCCCUGCCUGAUGACCUAAGUGAGUUCAAGGAAGUAACAUCAUGUGUCUUUCCCCGGUUAUUGGAUACUAAACUGAUGGCAAGUACACAACCUUUCAAGGAGAUCAUUAAUAAUACAUCACUUGCAGAACUGGAAAAGCGUUUAAAAGAGGUUCCAUUCAGCCCUCCUAAAGUUGAAAGUGCAGAAGGGUUUCCAAGUUAUGAUACAGCAUCUGAACAACUCCACGAAGCAGGAUAUGAUGCCUACAUUACUGGACUGUGCUUCAUUUCUAUGGCUAAUUUCCUAGGUUCCUUCCUCACUCCUCCGAAAAACCAUGUGUCUGCCAGAUCAAAACUCAUUGAACCUUUUUUUAACAAGCUGUUUCUUAUGAGAGUAAUGGACAUACCAUAUCUCAAUUUGGAAGGACCAGACUUGCAGCCGAAACGAGAUCAUGUUCUUCAUGUUACUUUUCCCAAAGAGUGGAAGACUAGCGACCUUUACCAGCUUUUCAGUGCCUUUGGUAACAUUCAGGUGUCGUGGAUUGAUGAUACAUCAGCAUUUGUGUCACUGAGCCAGCCAGAGCAAGUACCAAUAGCUGUAAACACCAGCAGGUAUGCUGAAAGUUAUAGGAUCCAGACAUAUGCAGAAUAUGUUGAGAACAAACAUGAAGACAAACAGACAAAGAGAAAAUGCACAGAAGACAGUUGGAAGGAGAUGGAGAGGAAACGGUUAAAAACUCAGUGCACACCCUACAUCUCCCAGAGUCGCUACUACUGUGUUAACAGUUUUACAGGUACCAGCACAGUGGGCAAGAGAAGCAUGAGUCCUAUUGAGGAAGAAACUGGUUCUGAUGACAUGGAAGAGGGAGAGGGCCAAGGUCCAGAAUGUGAUCAGACAGACUCCUGUGCAGAGGCCCUUCCAGAUGGUAAGAAGAGAGCCAAAAAAUUGAAAAAGAUCAAGACAGAUCAAGUUCCAGCAGGAAGCCUCACCACUAGUUCCACUGGAAUUUUUGAAGUCCCUGAAACAUGAAUAUAACAAUUUUUUGACAGCCUGUGAUUAGCAGACCCUCUUGAUCCAUGGACUACUUUCAAGAUAUUUGUGAAAUGUAACCAAGAAAAGCAAGCUUAAUGUCACAAGUCUUAAAUUGCCGUGUGUUUCCCUUGAAGACAUGAAAACAAAAGAAGAGAGUUCUACAAAUUAUCAAACAAUCAAAACCAUUGCUGUGGAGAGUGGAAUAUCAAGAAGACUUCAUGAGAUUAUAUUUACAUUAGAGUAGGAGCCACUGUCAUUUAAACAAUGCAGUAACCUGUUUAAAGCUAUGCCAAAAUUCAUGGGGUUUUAAAUUACUGUGAACUUGCAUUGCAAAGGGAAAAAUAAUUUAAAGAUGUUAAAUGUGAGAUGUUAUAUUUCUAACCUUGGAAUACUCCCAGAAGUAGUAUAAUUAAUUUGGUUUUUUAAUAGCAGCCGUAUCAUCACAUUCUCACACUAAAAUAUGGGAAAGAAGACUCUUAUUAGUGAUGCAAGGGAAAAUUAGUAACUGAACUCUUGCACUCUCAAGGAUCCAGAGACUUUUCUUCCCCAAGACUCGUGACCUUAGGACUAAAUACUUAAAUCACUUUCAUCUUGAGUAUCCAAACCAAUUGCAAAUUUAGCUCUCAUAAUAUAUGCAACACUUAAUAGACGUUGUAUAAAGUCCUCAUGGGGAUGAUUCAGGUCAUUUAUAUGGUGUUCUGUGCAAAUGUUGGAGGGUGUUAUUAACUAUAUAUCCAAAAGAACUGACAUCACAUGAUUUGGAAUGGAGCUUAGAGCCGUGAUGACAAAAGGAUACAAAAACAUUUAAAGGGAUUGUCAGAAGUACAGGUUAAGAGGCAAGGGAGUCUGCUCAAGAGAUGGAGGCCCACGUUGUCACAGAGAAUCCACGUGGAGUCUUCACCCCAAGGUUGUUAGGAUCUUCUUCAUUCCUGAAAAGCAACACUUAAGGUACCUGCAGGGAAAAUACAAGUCUUAAUUGUAUUACAAUCCCUUAAAAGCUUGUUUCUUCAAAUCAGACAGUGUACAUACUUCUGUAAACUACAAAAGGUAAUAGAUAUACCCACUACUUCUACUCCCCUCCUCAAUUGUCAUUUUGCGGAGCUGGAUGUUACUUAUCUCUAUCUGUAAUUAAAUCCUCUGAAGAAAAUAGUGCUUUUCCCUUUC